CACGUGGGCUCAGACGCGUGGCUGACCUGGUAGAGAGAGGACCCGCUUCCCGCUGCUCUCCCACACGCUCACUCACUCUCAUACUCUCCCUCCUUCUCUCCAGCUGCUUCUGUCGCUGCUCUGGAGGGCGAGAACCACCUCCCCGGAGGCCAACUACGGUACCACAUCGCCUGUUUAUGUGAUUGGAGGACAACCACCAUCAGGGACUGGAGGGGCCCUCAAAUAUAAGACAGAAGUCGACCCUCUGGAAGAUAACUAGACAGCCACUUCACAGAUCUGUGUUAUGUGACGACUUAGGACACUAUAUUCUGAUCUACGUGUUAUGGCGCCGCUAUGAUGAUAACAGUUAUCAUGAACUGGAGAAAAGAUAAAGACAACAGGAACGUCAUUCUCUAAGAGAAGCCGACAGCCACAGUAGACCAGCUCAGACAGGACUGCCCAGGAAUGCGUCUUGUUGCCGCUUGUUUGAGAUAACAAUUAUCCGGAAGUGGGGAGAAAGAUAACAACUCACAAAGCCCUCAUUGGCGACUGGUUACUUGUGGGUUUCAUUCAUAAACUGGGAGUGUGUGUGGUAGUACGCGCGGGUUGUGUUUAUACAGCUGGGUGCUGCGUCAACAACAACAAGAACAGCUGGUGCACGUGUUGUACUAGUGUAUUUCUACAGCUGGCUGACUGGGUUCGCAAAGGAAGAACAGCUGACCCACGUGUUGUGUAUUUCAACAGCUGACUAGCCUGGUCGUCACAACAAUAUUAACUGAGUCACAUGUUGUGGUAGUGUGUUGCUCUGCUCUGUACUUCCCGCCAGUGAAGACGGAGACUAGAGAAGUGUUCACAUCUCGGCUCUUAACUUUUUCCGUGUGACUUGUGAUGGAAGCUUUGUGCACUCUGAUUCAUAUAUAAGUAUGGUGCCACCCUAGAUGACAGUGAAACAAAAAGUAUCUUAAAUUCACCCAAACGCUUUACUUGAUUUCUAAAAGUGACGAAACAGGAAGAUAAUGUUCAGAAGUGUGCUUGUGUGAGAACUGUCCUCUUGAACUGUUAUUGUUUGUGUCGUCCAGAUCACCAAGUGAACAAGAUCCACUUCUCUUACUAAACACAAAGACAGAAAGAUUGUCAGGGUGCACACGUCAACUGUCCUCGUGUCCAGUGAUCCAGGUCUUGGUGCUUUAAGUUAACAAUGGUGCACAAGAUAUUCUCAGAGCUCCGGCCUCACCACCGUAGCUACACCAUCCUACACGACCACGACCCCCUGCCUGAUAAGGUGUGGUUGUACCCGGAGGAGGGUUGGGCACGCGCCUCCUGCAACAGUCACUGGUUGAUUAAGACGCCAUGGUGGUCCCGGCGACACUGUUACAUCCUUGAGGUGGAGGGAACCAAGAGACACAAGACAGUGGGCCGAGUGUUGCCAGCACGUGAGGGGGAGGUGGUGGUGGAGGGGACCUUCCGUGGCCUGUCAGACGGGGACUUCCGUCUCGUGUUGACCACCACCGUGACCCUGGCUGACCUUCAGCGGGGCUACCAUAUGACCGGGUCACUGGAGAGAGGUGACAGGAAGUUGGGGCAGUGGCAGACCACCCACCUGGCGGUCACUAAGAGGUCUGGGUUCUCCUGAGGGAGGAAGUAUAGCCUAUUGAUGUUGUCGUCUGGGGGAGGGUCCCAUGGCGUGCCCUGACACCCACGUCAACCCACGCCAUAUCUACGUCAAACCACGCCAUUUCCCUGUCAAGCCACGUCACUUUUACGUCAAACUACGCCAUCUCCCACGUCAAGCCACGCCAUAUCCACGCAAAGUCACACCAACCCACGCCAGGAGCCAUGAGAACCCACACCAUCACCGGCUGGUAGUCUCCUCACACCCAGCACAGUGCAGCCUCUCACACCAAGCUAGACUGAACAAGUAACUUGAGAGAAACAGAUGAAACUUGACGGUAACUUAAGUUGUAUCUGGAACUUACUGCUCCAGAUCCUUAUUCACAAAGGUUGGUAGGAUGACUAUAAUUAUGUUGGUCGUAACUAAAGAUGUGGGAGUGUACCGAAAUGGUUGACUUAAACAAAACAAAAACACACACCAAGAAUAUUUUGUCAAAGGAUUCUGUAUGUUAAUUAUGUCUCCUAAUUAGUGCUGAGGGAACGUAUCGAGUUAAGGUAGAAACUCGAUAUAAUGUUGAUGUUUUUUUUGUGUGUUUUAACUCAUAUAAAACCAGUACAUUCUCAUAGCUUUAAUCAAGAGGAAUUGUGAUCGUAUGGACUUGAUGAUACUUGACCCAUCAUGGUGAUAUUCUCGUCUUGGCGCCCAUAGUGAGAAUAAAGUACCUUGAGUAUGUAGUGCACUAGUGUUAAGUUAAUUGCUGGAAGGAAUGAGUUGAAACCGAUACCACACAUCAUCACAGCCUCACCGUAGCUUAUAUAAAAUCACUAUGGCUAUUGGAAUGACUUUAUACGGUGUGCAUGCAUAGGAAUGAUAAAGGAUAUUUUUUCUCUGUCCUGGGAGUGUUUGAGGCAAUUUUCGAAAUGUCUUUUACACAAUGUACAGAGGAAGUGUUGAAGGUACAGUUCACCUGACAUUGUUACAGUACCUCUCACAUGCUGUGCUUGUCACGAGGCAGAAGGAGGAGGAGGAGGAGCCAUAACUCGUCUGUCUGUUAAACUGAUAGAAUCUGAGGAAUGUUCAUUGUCCUCUUACCAGGAAUUGAAUGACUA